CGGCGGCGACAGUCAGAUCGGAUUCGGUUUUCCCCGGCCAAAAAUCCCGAGUCAAGAUGUUGCUCCAAUUGAGGCGAUUGGCGAUCCUGUUCCUGCUCCACGCUCUCAUCCCCAUCCUUGCGCUAUCUGUUCCCAUGGUGGAGCAAGUGCAGCCGGCGGACGAGCUGCUAUCGUCGCAUUGGCUAAGACAGGCGCAGUCUCAGUUGCGCGAACGUCUGGCCAGAACCAAGGACUCCAUCGCCGACGUCCGACAGGCCAAGAAUGUGGUGAUGCUCCUGGGCGAUGGACUGUCCAUCACCACCUUAACGGCCGCUCGCAUCCUAAAGGGGCAACGUCGCGGCGGACGCGGAGAGGAUGCACAGCUGGCCGUGGAACAAUUCCCCUUCAGCGGACUGAGCAAGACAUACUGCAUCGACGAGCAGACACCGGACUCCGCCUGCACGGCCACCGCCUAUUUCGGCGGUGUGAAGACGCACAGCGGCACAGUGGGUCAGAGUGGCAGUGGUGAGCGCGUGGACUCCGUACUCCAGUGGGCACAGCGAGCGGGCAAGGCCACGGGAGUGGUGACCACCACCCGUUUGACGGACGCCAGUCCGGCUGGUGCCUACGCCCAUGUGAGCAGGCGUGGCGAGGAGCUGGAGAUUGCGCGACAGCUGGUGGAGGAGGAGCCGGGACGGAAUCUUAAUGUCAUCCUGGGCGGUGGUCUGGGAAAAUUUGCCGAUGAGCGACGGGAUGGAAAGGAUCUGCUGGCUCAGUGGCGUGAAUCGAAUCCCAAUGGCUGCUUCUCGCGAUCCCUGAAAGAGCUGAGGAACUGCACCGAUGCUACCGGUACACUGCUGGGUAUCUUCAGCGACAGCCACAUGUCAUAUCACUUGGCCGCCAGCAAGGAGCUGCCGCGACUCUGCGACAUGGCAGCGGCGGCCAUUGAAAAACUGGAGAGAAAGUCUCAGGAGGAUGGGAAUGGUUACUUCGUGUUCAUUGAGGGCGGACGGAUUGAUCAUGGACACCACGAAACCCGGGUGGGCUACGCCCUCGAUGAGAUGGUCGAGUUCGAUGCGGCUGUGGAGACGGUGAUCCAGAUGACCGAUCCGCGCGAUACUCUGGUAGUGGUCACCGCCGAUCAUUCGCAUACGCUUAGCAUGUCGGGAUACGCGAAGCGGGGCACACCCAUCCUGGGCAUGGAUGCACAGCAGCGGGAUGUGAACGGGGUGCCAUACAGCACCCUCAACUAUGCCAUCGGCAAGUGGCAGAGUCUGGACAAGGAUGGACGUCGGGAGAGUCCCAGCAAGACAUUGAGUCCCACAUCCUACACACCCAGCUAUAUUCAUGGAAGAAAGGGCGUGCAUUCUGGCGAGGAUGUGGUCGUGUUUGCAAUGGGCCCGCAGUCGCAUCUGUUCGGUGGCGUCAUGGAGCAGAAUCUGCUGCCCCAUAUAAUGGGCUAUGCCGCCUGUCUGGGCAAUGGCCUCACUCUCUGCAACCAGGACAAGGAUGCGGAUAUGAUUGCCUGAUUUUGCGAAGUUUUUCGGAUAAAUUUUUGUUUUCUGUUCUAAAUAAAUGUUCUUGUAGUGC